AUGAGCAAAUUAAAGGACUUGCGAUGGGCUCGUGACCACUACCGGAACAUCGUGGGGAAUAAUGUAGUCUGGCUUCGCUAUGCAGAUGACAUCCUUACUGUAGUACCGAUCAGGACAAAUCUUCAAGACCUCCUCCACAGACUAAAUGCACGCUUAGAAUCUGCAGCCCGGAAUUCCUGGAGGAAGAAAUGCAACAUGUCAUUAACGCCUCCGUUACCCUCGCGCCUUGCUCAGCAACCUCCGACGCAAGGCGGAAAAGAUCAAGAGGAAAUUAUCAUCCCACACCUGGAGGCCCUAUGGAAAAUCAUGGACACAGUAAAAAUGCAAACAAUGACAUGUGGAGCAGAUACGUGGUCACCCACAAAACAUCAAAAGGAAAAGUUGGCUGUGACACAGAUUAACAUGGAAAGAUCAAUGCUUAACAGAACAAGAAAAGGUAAAAUACGGAAUGAAGUGAUUAGAGCAAAAGUGAAAGACAUUGUAAGUAGAGUUGAAAAUGCAAACGGCCAAUGGGCAGACAUGUUGCAAGAAUGA